GUCACCGGGGCGUGAGCUGAUUGGCUAAGAACUGCUAGGAUUCUGUGACAAGUCUUUCGGGUCACGCGUGACGUCACGUGGUCGUCGUGGGAGCCGCAGCAGCAGUAGUCACCCGCGGGCGCUGCCAGAAUUCAAUAUGGGAGACGUAGAGAAAGGAAGGAAGAUUUUUGUUAUGAAGUGUGCGCAGUGCCACACCAUAAAUAAGGAUGGGAAACACAAGACGGGACCAAACUUAUGGGGACUGUUUGGUCGUAAAACUGGCCAGGCUCCAGGGUUCUCUUACACGGAAGCAAACAAAAGCAAAGGCAUUGUUUGGGGAGAAGAAACUCUUCUUGAAUAUCUGGCAAACCCAAAGAAGUUUAUUCCAGGAACCAAGAUGAUUUUUGUUGGUAUCAAAAGCAAAACCGAUCGCUUAGAUCUUAUUGCAUAUUUAAAGAAAGCGACGUCGGAGUGAUGAGCUUGGAGCAGUACACACUCAUGGAUCCUGUCAUUGUGAACGUUCACUACUUGUCUGGAGAAUGAUAACGAGGAGCAGAAUCAUAGCUGGGUCUUGGGCUCACACAGCGAGGUGGUGCCACGUUGGUCUCAAGUCUUUUCUUUUAGAGAUGGAAGGAGACCACAUUGUGUGCAUCUAGGAUCAAUGCUGUGUGACUUCAGGAAUGUGUCAUUGAUAACCUAUUUAUGGAACUGUGAUUUUAUGUCAGAUUUAUAUGGUAGUACGACUACAAAGCAAAUCUGUUUUUAUUGUGUGCUUUAUUCAUUCGCCGUUCCUUAUGCAGCAGCAGAGAUUCACUAUUUAGACCCUGCCCAGUAUUUAGUCCCUGUCCUGAAGAUAGGCCAUCACUAGCUGAUUGGUAGGCGUCUGACACCCUGCACCUUUGGCAAUGGCUCAAGUGCUGGAAGUAGUCAGCCCCGUCUGCUUAGUAGUGGACUGAGCUCGUCACUGCAG